CGGGGGUGGGGGAGAGAUCUGUUGCUGUCGCUGUUGCGGUUUGUUACGAGUCUCACGUCUUUACGAGUGGGCACUCUCGAACUCUCCAAGUGUCAGUGUCGAGGCGUACUUGUACCAAAGUUUCUUCUUCCACCAUUGAAGACGGAACAUUCCACCCCCCAGGAAGCAAGUACGAUCUUUGGAUCUUUGGAUCUUUGGACCCUUUGGGUGCAUAUACUUUUAAGUCGAGGGCAUGAUCCUUGAGGGCCAUACCAUCGAGGAGCGUUGUGUUGGAGCCUAGACCUUUUGAGAUGAUUGAAUUCCAUCAGGAAUCGGUGUCCUGUACGAUCAAGUCUGGGACUGCUUUUGGCCGAGUUUUGCUUUUAGGUCGUUCGGAAGGAAGAGAGCGAAUGGAGCGAGAGGAUGUCGUGGAACAAGAGUUGUGUGAAAAGAAAAAUCCGUUACUCCUCUUGUGACUCGGAUGGGCAUCCUCAUUUCGAAUUCGAUUGCUCUUUCGGCCCCGGAUAUUGCAGGAAUUCAUGCGCAAAGGAAAAGAGUACGAAGACUACAACUACGAGAAGCAUCACUACAUCUCGAAACCUGCGCCAGCCCCACGAAUGGGGGAUUUCAUGGUGGGUUCCAAGUGUUCCAAAGCUCCAAGCUCGCCUCGCCUCGCCUCCGCCCUACAGAGCACAUGUUGAGUGAACAAGUUCGUCCUUUCGAUGGUCCAUGUACGCGUGAGAAACAAACUGUAUGACGUCGAUGUGGAAUAUACCGGACACAUUUCGGCCGUGCGCUCUGAAGAGCUAAGGCCGAGUCAAGCUGCCAUAGCAGUCAUUGUAGUAGGGGGGGAGCGAAGAGAAGAGAAUGUGGAAUGUGGAAUUUGUCACUUGUGUGUGGGGCUCCGUUCUCCUGUAGAGGAAAAGUAAAGUCGCCGGUAAUUAUUGUGCCCAUGGUGGAACUCGCUUUGGAAUCAAAACAGCAGUCCCAUAAAUCGCUCUAUUCUUACUUUCUUUCUUUCUCUCUUCUUUUCUGGGGGGAAAGGGAGCUCUAUAGGCCCUCUGUCGUCUAGGGUUUCAUGUUCUUUUGCUCACGUUCUCAACUUCUAGGCUUUCGAGUCCGAGAUGAGCUGCUUCAGCACUUGCGCUCCCCGGAUCAUAACAAGAAUUAUAUCGCUUCAUCGACGAAGGCCAAGAACCGACCCACGAGUGGGUUUCGUACGGGGUUGGGUCUGAGCUUCCACCUCCUUUUGUUCGGAUUCUUCGUGCUUUUCACGGGUCGACGCUCUCUUCAUCUCACCGCUCGGCCAUGACGGCACAGGGCAGGACGGGACGGGACGAGAGUCCAGGACCCGAACACAAGUGCCAACGUCCGCCCUACCGGCACUUUGAAGUGGCUCCUUUUGUGGCCGAAGGAAUAAGCAUGACACGGACCAGGCGAAAAGUACCGCUCGCAGUGACUUCAUGGGAAGGCCGCAGCGGAGGAAGUCGAAAUCCCAUGGCAAUCUGCAUGAAAAGGAAGGCGGAAGGAGGAGGGAUCCAGAAAAGGCCGAACGAGGAAAGUGUGUGAAACUCGCACAUGCCGAUCUGGCCUUGAGAGCGCUCGACGUGGAAAGCGCAGGGCAUUCAUGGGGCAGUUUCACGCCCGCUGAGCAUCUACACUCGACGUACCGCACCGACGUGGCAGGCGAGAAGAAUAUGUCGAAAGAACAUUUCUGCGUCUUUCUGCGUCCGCUGUCAACAACUGGGAGUACGAACAGCGGCUGGUUUGAACUUGGCAAUCUACGUGGCGGGAGGUUCGUGUUACGUGGAAUGGCCGGGGCCCUUUGACCUCGGACGUGAAGCCCUCGGUUGCCGGAGGCAACCGAGGCGCAACGGAAGGAACCAAAGCAGCGCAGGAACGAACGGCAUACGGCAGGAAGAAAAACGUGUGACAUCCCCCUUACUGUUAGCUUUUCCCCCUCCCCCCCCAUCCCCUCCCCCCGGUAUUUUUAGAUUGUACAGUGGGAAGGAGCGAGAGAAGCACAUGUCUGACGUUCUUCGAUAUGGAGGCCUUGCCGGCAAAUAUGACAGGCGAAGAACAAAGAAACGCCCGUUAGCCGGAGAAAAGUACUGAGAGACGUGUCGGGGGUACUAUCGAGACAAGGUAAGCGGGGAACAGACUGUCACCUGCAUCGGCCCUGUCAGAUAAAUUGCCGGUUGCCAUAAGUGAGGCCCGGCACCUACUGCCCGUGGAAAGCGCAACGGGACAGCCAGAGCUCCUCAUGAAUUCAUUUCCUCUCAGCCCUCGAGUCUGGCCUUUGCUUGAGAAAACAUCGGAGAAGACAUGGUACGCAGCAGGAUGUACACACAGCAAUUCCUCGUACACUGCCCGAUUAUCUCCGAUGCAUAUUGUUCUGCGUCUCUUUCCCAUGUCAAGAGCUCGUCUUGAAUAUUGCUUGCAAUUUCAGGGCGAGGACAUUCUUAGAAGUGUGAACUAUACUGUGGAGUGACAUCGCGGGGUCUCAAAUUUGAGGCCGCUGCAAUUUAUUGGCGGUCCAUCCCCUAUGUGCAAGUGAUGACCGAGGAUUUCUCAGUUGAGGAAACCAAUAUUUGCAACACUUUCCGAUCGAGCCCACAAAUCCUCUACCAGGGAGGCCACCUAUAUCUAGUCCGAGAUGUUCUGACGCAUUUCAGCGUUUUGGAACAGAGGCCCGAAGGGAACAAGUUAUAUAGCACGAAGGAAGAUAAGGGAAGUAAUUCUACCUUUGCAAGGGUUUGUUUAUACUCGUGAGGUGCACUUGCACCUCACGAGUAUAAACAAACUCCAAAUUCCAAACAUUUACAUUCAAAUCAAGAAGAAAUGUGCAGAAAACUAUAAUUAUCUGAUUCGAUGAUAGCAGUUUAAGUUUUUAAAUCACAUUUUUGCUUUGUUUUUCACUCGUUCCGCAUCUACGAACGUGGAAAUGAAUGACUUAGCUCUGAGCGAAUGACAAGAGC